GCUUCCGGUCGUAUCUUUGACGUCAGUUCGGUCGGAAGACUCCCGCAGUUGAGACCGAGUUCUUGAAUAUGGGUUCUUUCUUGUCCCAACCUCUGGAGCCCAUCAAAGUCGCUGCGCCUCCUGAGGUCACCAACUCCGCCGAGCCCCUGCCCCUGAAUGCACCUGGAGCGCCGACCUCUCCAGCGGAAGCGCCUCUACUUAAUAACUGCUGGAGCUGUCGCGUGCUCUCCGGGUCGGGGCUGAUAGGGGCGGGCGGGUAUGUGUACUGGGUGGCGCGGAAGCCCAUGAAGCUGGGAUACGCCCCGAGCCCAGGGACUAUUACGCAGAUGGUCAUCGGCAUCAGCAUAGCUUGUUGGGGUGUAAUCAUCCUGGCAGACCCCAAAGGGAAAGCCUUCCGUGCUGAUUGAAAGUACCGCCAGUGAAGUUGUCAUCUUUGUCCGUGUCCCCAUGACACCAGAACAAGCAUCGGACUUACAGAUGUUCUGUACAGACAAAUGGAUAUUGGCAGACUUCAGUCCUGCAGAUACGACAAGACUGAAAAGACAAAUGUAGGUUGUUAUUCUUUGGCGAUGAAUAUUUGUGGCCUUCUUCUCAGACUCCACAGGGACCAUUAAAUCCCUCAGAGAAGAGAACAAGUUCUGUGUCUUAUCUAGAGGAAGAAGAUAUAAUAAAAAUGAAGACGAGAUGAUAAACCAAAUUGGAAAACGAACCAAAUUAUUAUUUAAAAAAGUUCUCUUUACUUCUCCUAUAAUGGCAUCAACACUUAUUAGCAACUUAACACUGGGUUUGUAUCAUACAAUGUGCAGAAGUACAUAAAAAUUUACAUGUGUACUGCUUAUGAUUUCUAAGGUGUUGUCAAAUCAAUUACCUUAUGAGAGUUUCAAAGCUACUACUGUAAGGUGCUUAUUUCACUGGUGGUAAGUGAAACUUGAAAAUAGUUCUAGUGAUUUGCCCAUGGUCAUUCAGCAAGUCAGUGAUAUAGCUAGGACUUGUUCUUGUUUAGUUCUAGUUCUUGUUUUUUAGAACUAGGAUGAUUUUGUGAUGAAACAAAAAUGAGCAUACAAUAAAAGACAAGUACCAAAAUA